AUGGAGGGGGCCCCCAACUGGAGGAACAGCCUGAGGUCCGGAGGCGGCGCAACCCAGAAGAAGGUGCCCAAGGGCGCCACCAGCGCCCGCGGAGCGACAAAGAAGCAAGGCACCAUCAUCCGUACCCUCCAGUCAUCCAUGACUGAAGUCACGGGCUUCUUGCCGGCCAGGAGCGAAGAAUCCAGCAACUCCGUCGACUCGCAGCUGGAGGAUCAGGGAAGGAGACUGGACGAGAUGAAGUCGGACAUCAGUCGACUCAUGGAAGCCCUGGAGAAUAUGAAAGAGGACAAGAAGAGCCUGGUUGCGACGGUUCAGGCGAACGAGUGCGAGAUCAGCAGGCUGAAGGAACACAUGGACGCACAGAGCCAACUGAUCCACGUCAUGACACAGCAGAUGCGCCGUGCUGACCAGCAGCCCCGCGGGCGCGACCCAGCACAAGGUCCAGACAGCGCCGCCUGGGAUAUCGUGCCCGAGAGCCAGGGAGUACUGGACGGCCGACAAAGCUCCCACCUGGACACUCUCGACGAACAGUGCGCCAUCACUGGCAUUCACAGCGAGAGAGUGCAGGGACUGGUGGAGAGCACGGAGGCUGUUCAAGAAACCGUGGCGUCAGGCAACCAGCAACCCCGCGGCCGCGACCCAGCAAAAGUUCCGGACAGGGCCGACAGGGACAUUGAGCCCGACAGACAGGGAGUACUGGACAGCCGGAAAAGCUUCCACUUGGACAUUCUCGAUGAACAGGGCGCCAUCAAUGGCAUUAAGCGGGAGAGAAUGCAGGGACUGGUGGAGAGCGCGAAGGCUGUUCAAGAAAGCGUGGCGUCAUGCAACCAGCAACCCCGCGGACGCCACACAGUAAAAGAUGCGGACAGGGCCGACAGGGACAUUGUGCCCGACGGACAGGGAGUACUGGACAGCCGGAAAAGCUUCCACUUGGACAUUCUCGAUGAACAGGGCGCCAUCAGUGCCAUUCAGCGGGAGAGAAUGCAGGGACUGGUGGAGAGCGCGAAGGCUGUUCAAGAAACCGUGGCGUGCGGCAACCAGCAACCCCGCGGCCGCGACCCAGCAAAAGAUCCGGACAGGGCCGACAGGGACAUUGUGCCCGACAGACAGGGAGUACUGGACAGCCGGAAAAGCUUCCACUUGGACAUUCUCGAUGAACAGGGCGCCAUCAAUGGCAUUAAGCGGGAGAGAAUGCAGGGACUGGUGGAGAGCGGGAAGGCUGUUCAAGAAAGCGUGGCGUCAUGCAACCAGCAACCCCGCGGACGCCACACAGUAAAAGAUGCGGACAGGGCCGACAGGGACAUUGUGCCCGACAGCCAGGGAAUACUGGGCAGCCUACAAAGCUUCCACUUGGACAUUCUCGAUGAACAGGGCGACAUCAAUGGCAUUAAGCGGGAGAGAAUGCAGGGACUGGUGGAGAGCGCGAAGGCUGUUCAAGAAAGCGUGGCGUCAUGCAACCAGCAACCCCGCGGACGCCACACAGUAAAAGAUGCGGACAGGGCCGACAGGGACAUUGUGCCCGACAGCCAGGGAAUACUGGGCAGCCUACAAAGCUUCCACUUGGACAUUCUCGAUGAACAGGGCGACAUCAAUGGCAUCAAGCGGGAGAGAAUGCAGGGACUGGUGGAGAGCGCGAAGGCUGUUCAAGAAAGCGUGGCGUCAUGCAACCAGCAACCCCGCGGACGCCACACAGUAAAAGAUGCGGACAGGGCCGACAGGGACAUUGUGCCCGACGGACAGGGAGUACUGGACAGCCGGAAAAGCUUCCACUUGGACAUUCUCGAUGAACAGGGCGCCAUCAGUGCCAUUCAGCGGGAGAGAAUGCAGGGACUGGUGGAGAGCGCGAAGGCUGUUCAAGAAACCGUGGCGUCCGGCAACCAGCAACCCCGCGGCCGCGACCCAGCAAAAGAUCCGGACAGGGCCGACAGGGACAUUGUGCCCGACAGCCAGGGAAUACUGGGCAGCCUACAAAGCUUCCACUUGGACAUUCUCGAUGAACAGGGCGACAUCAAUGGCAUCAAGCGGGAGAGAAUGCAGGGACUGGUGGAGAGCGCGAAGGCUGUUCAAGAAAGCGUGACGUCAGGCAACCAGCAACCCUGCGGACGCCACACAGUAAAAGAUCCGUACAGGGCCGACAGGGACAUCGUGCCCGACAGACAGGGGGUACUGGACAGCCGGAAAAGCUUCCACUUGGACAUUCUCGAUGAACAGGGCGCCAUCAAUGGCAUUAAGCGGGAGAGAAUGCAGGGACUGGUGGAGAGCGCGAAGGCUGUUCAAGAAAGCGUGGCGUCAUGCAACCAGCAACCCCGCGGACGCCACACAGUAAAAGAUGCGGACAGGGCCGACAGGGACAUUGUGCCCGACGGACAGGGAGUACUGGACAGCCGGAAAAGCUUCCACUUGGACAUUCUCGAUGAACAGGGCGCCAUCAGUGCCAUUCAGCGGGAGAGAAUGCAGGGACUGGUGGAGAGCGCGAAGGCUGUUCAAGAAACCGUGGCGUCCGGCAACCAGCAACCCCGCGGCCGCGACCCAGCAAAAGAUCCGGACAGGGCCGACAGGGACAUUGUGCCCGACAGCCAGGGAAUACUGGGCAGCCUACAAAGCUUCCACUUGGACAUUCUCGAUGAACAGGGCGACAUCAAUGGCAUUAAGCGGGAGAGAAUGCAGGGACUGGUGGAGAGCGCGAAGGCUGUUCAAGGAACCGUGGCGUCAGGCAACCAGCAACCCCGCGGGCGCGACCCAGCAAAAGUUCCGGACAGGGCUGACAGGGACAUUGUGCCCGACAGACAGGGAGUACUGGACAGCCGGAAAAGCUUCCACUUGGACAUUCUCGAUGAACAGUGCGCCAUCAAUGGCAUUGAGCGGGAGAGAAUGCAGGGACUGGUGGAGAGCACGGAGGCUGUUCAAGAAACCGUGGCGUCUGGCGACAAGCGGAAUGAUAACUUCGAGAGAGAUGACCGGGUCCUGAAGGAAAUCGUUGCAGACCUAAUCGAAAAGUCGACAGGCGCCAGCGUGGCGCAAACCGUGCUUAUGAAGUUGCAGGACGCUAUUUGGAUAUUGGAAGAGAAAUUGGGGCCCGUUCUCGAGUUGGGUCCUUCCUUGCUCCAAAAGAUCGGAGAUUUGGACGCCAAAGUGGACGCAAAGCUGGAGAGAGAGGCCAGCCUGAGGACCGAUCUGGAUAAGAUAUUAGAAACUGCUCAGCAACCCACUGCACUGAAAGAACUUCAGUCGACUGUUGCUCUGCAAGGACGGCGGAUUGAACAAGUGGACAAGUCGACUCUGGACCUGUUCAUGCAGUUGAGGGCACUGUCCUACGCCGAUGAAAAAGAGAAAUUGGCGGUCAUCACACAGAUGGUGUACGGCCACAGUGGCUCCAUCACAGACUUGCGGCGGGACGUCAUGAAUUUGAGAGACAAAUUGGAGGAGGGCGGCGAUGACCCGGAUCAAAAGACGGCCCUCUCGUGCGAAUCCGACUCUUCAUUUGUGAAAAGACUCGUCAAUGUUGAGGAGGCGGUGGAAUCAAUUUUGAUGCCGAAAAUGAACGCACAUUACGGCCUGAUAAAGGGCAACGGCGACAGCCUUAAAAAGCUAGAUGCGCGGUUCAGGGGAAUUAAGGAAAUUGUAGCUGAACUGGGAGCCUCCGGGGCGGAGAUGAGCAACGACAUCUCCAACGUCAUGAAAAUGCUGACGUCCGGCCUUGGCGAGUUGGAGGCGUCUGCUGCCUGCAAGGACGCAGCUGUUCGGGAAAUGGAAGCAGCAGUGGAGGCUCUGAGCUCGAAGGUUUCACGACUCGAGGCCCGCGCCUCCUGCGACCGUCCCGGAAUAGACCACCUGCAGACCGUUGGCGUGGCGGCCAUCCCGGGGGAGAAUUGCAUUACUGCACACGAUGGCGGGGAUCUCAGUGGUCCGCCAGCUGAUGGCAAACCCAUAAACGCCAGCGGCUUCUCACCGAGCGACUUCGAUUUGGAGGCCGGCAUCCCAAGAAGCGAAGUGCAGGAGACAUCCCUUGCGACACCGUUUCACUUGAUCGACGCUGAGGAAGGGCACGCAAUUAUGGAGGAAGACCUUUCGAACGGCGGGCCCCUCGACAUAUGCGUGGUCGGCGUGGAAGACGACUGCACGGUACAGGCCGAGGAGAUGGGCAACUGUGGCUGGGCCAUUCAAGGCCGAUGGCCCAGCCUGCCUCCUAUUGAGGAAGGGGAGGAGGGCAGCGGAUCAGAUGGAGACGCAUUUUGCCCUGAUGCUCCUGACGCAGAGGCUGACGGCUCUGUGGAUUCCCCUAUUUCGGAACGCGACGAUGUCAGCGUCCAUGAAGUGGAUGGAGACAUGGCAUUUGUUGUCGUCUAA